GGCGCCAAUGGGCGGGCGCCGAUGGAACGGACGAGCCAAUGAGCGCGAGACGUUGAGUGACAGCUGUCCAAUAGAGGCCCUCAGUGCUAGUACGGCUUGCAGCUUAAGCGCCUCCGCGGUCUGAGGAAUGUCAACUAUUCAAUAUGGAGGCGGAGGUCGAUAAGCUGGAACUGAUGUUCCAGAAGGCUGAUUCUGACUUGGAUUACCUUCAAUAUAGGCUGGAGUAUGAAAUCAAGGCUAACCACCCUCAUUCAGCAGGAGAGAAAAAUGCAGUUGCAAUUUUAAAGGAAUUAUCAGCAAUAAAGUCUCGAUAUCAAGCUUUAUGUGCACGCUUUAAGGCAGUUUCGGUUGAGCAAAAAGAGACCAAGAGCUGCAUUUGUGCUAUUUUGAACAAGACAAUGACCAUGAUCCAAGAACUACAAAAGCAAACAAACCUGGAGCUGACUCUACUGAAUGAAGAAGAGAAAGCUGUGACAGAGCAAUUAAAGUCUCACAUGCCAGACUUAUAAAACGGAAUUUCAAAAAGGAACUCUGAUGGAGAAAAGAUCAAUUCCAAAGAGAUUCAGCAAGACGUCUAGAGGUUGGGGGCUGAGGAGGAAGACUGAGAUUUUCCUUGACUGAGAGGAUCAUGAUUGAUUUCAUAUGAGAGGAAGUUGUAAGAAGGGUAGAUAUCAUAAGACAGACAACCAAAGGGAUGGGAUGGGAAUAAAGAAAUGUAAAUACUGAUAACCCAGAGUUCAUUUUGUCCUUUCAGGCAAUUAAAUAGUACUAUUUUUAUUUUCUGUUUUCUUUUUGUAUAAUUGACAUAAUUUUAGAUGUUUUGGGAUUUUGUAAGAUAAUAUUUAUGUACAUUUCAUUCAGAAUGUCAAUGUGCAAAAUAUAUGUAUAAAUAUUCA